CUGAUAUUAACCAUCCAGAGUCGCUAUCACAGAGACCAUGAGGGUUCUGACCAUCGCUGUGCUGCUCUGCACCGCCCUCGCUCUGCCUGCAGCAACAGGAGAGACUGAGAAACGUGUUGAUGAUGUGGCCUCUUCUCAAGACUCUGGAAUUGAGAAAAAAUACUGCAUCACGUUGGGUGGAAACCUGGCCUCCUUACACAGUCUCCAGGAGUAUGAGUUUGUACAGAAGCUCACUGCUGGGUCUCCUUGGACUUGGGUCGGGGGUUUCGAUGCUGUUAAGGAGGGGGAGUGGCAGUGGAGUGAUGGAUCUGCAUUUCCCUACCAUCCCUGGGGGGUGCUGUUCGUCUGCUGGUGA